GCGGGGUCUUGAGUGGGCGGGGCCAAGCCGUGGCAGUUGAGUUCCCAGACGGCCUCCGAGACCGCGGAGUGACCCGAGCUAAGGGCUGCGCAGUCGGCCUGGGACUUGAGCGUGCUACGCCGGAUUUGCUUGCAGCGCAGAGCAAAGAAAGCAGAGCCAGCAGUGCCUGUGUCUCCCGGACUCACCUUCUGAGGAGCUGCGGGAAACUCCCAGCUGCCGUCACCGCACAGGGAGCUCCAGGCCAGCACUAUGGGGGAGGCCUGCAUCAAAAUCACCAAAUACCUCCUGUUCCUCUUCAACCUGCUCUUCUUCAUCCUGGGCGCCGUGAUCCUGGGCUUCGGGGUGUGGAUCCUGGCUGACCGCACCAGCUUCAUCUCUGUGCUGCAAACCUCCUACAGCUCCCUGCAGGUGGGGGCCUACGUCUUCAUCGCUGUGGGCGCGGUCACCAUGGGCAUGGGCUUCCUGGGCUGCCUCGGUGCCAUCAACGAGGUCCGCUGCCUGCUGGGGCUGUACUUCGCCUUCCUGCUGCUCAUCCUCAUCGCCCAGGUGGUGGCCGGGACCCUCUUCUACUUCAAUGUGGGCAAGCUGAAGGAGGAGAUGGGCACCGUGGUGUCGGGACUGAUCCAGAACUACAACGCCAGCGGCGGCGACAGCCUGCAGGAGGCCUGGGACUACGUGCAGGCGCAGGUGAGGUGCUGCGGCUGGGUCAGCUUCACCAACUGGACGGAGAACGCGGCGCUCAUGAACCACAGCGAGAUCGUCUACCCCUGCUCCUGUAAGGACACGAGCCGCGGGGACAGCGGCCUCUCGGAGGUGAAGGGCUUCUGCACCGAGACCCUGAACACCACCCAGAGCGGCAACAACCCCGACAAGUGGCCGGUGUACAAGGAGGGCUGCAAGGAGAAGGUGCAGGUGUGGCUGCAGGAGAACCUGGGCAUCAUCCUGGGCGUGUGCGUGGGCGUCGCUGCCGUGGAGCUCCUGGGCAUGCUCCUGUCCCUCUGCCUGUGCCGCCACAUCCACUCUGAAGACUACAGCAAGGUCCCCAAGUACUGAGGGGCCCGUGUCCCCGCUCCCCGCCCGCCCGAUGCCCCCCAGGGGCUCCCAGCCCCUCUUCCCCGCCCCUCCCCCCUCGCCAUGCUGACGGGAAGUGGGGGCUUUCUGGGGCCUGCACCCCUCUCCCUGCUCUUUUGCGGCCGGCGUUGAGUCCCAGGUGGCCCCCGUGGCCUCUGGCCCGCUGCCCGCCAGCCAGGGGACUCUCAGCGGCUCCGGCUCCGAGGUCACUGCCCGCACUGUCCUGCGUGGGCAGCGGUGUUCUCCCCGCCCCGCAGCCGGGGGGGUUUGCAGGGGCGAGCGCGUCAGACCCGGGUGGGGGCUCCGCCCACGGGGCGGGGCGGCUUUCUCCCCCCAGCGUCCUUGUGUCUGGUUUCUCCAAUGUCCAUGGAAGGCCGUGGGACUGCGUGGACAGCAACUCGGCCCAGCCGGCCACGCCGAGUGAGGGCAGGACCUCGUGAGCCCUGGGUAGAGACAGGGUUUGCCUGCUGGGGAUACGGGAGCCCUCAGGGCGUGGCACAGGCAGAGCCCCCCAUCCUGCAGAGCCCGAGGGGAGGCUGGGCCGCCCUGCUGGGCACUGUCCGGUCCCCUGUCCCUGCCCCGCCCCGCCCCCAGCGGUGCUGAGCCUGCGCCUCGCUUGGGGCACUGGGGCUCCCUCCGUGUGCUCAGCUCUGUAAAACAAGCUGAAGGCUCCGAGACCAUUAAAGUGGGUUUGUAAGA